GCACUCAAUCCAUCUAAUUGAUCGCACUUGCGAAGCCUCACAAGAGCGGAUUUAGCCAACCAGGAGUUUGAUAGAGUCGAGCACAAGUCACAGAAAGCUGGCCGACUGAUAUUUUGGACAGCGGUGUCGGGUAAUGUUAACCUUCUUCUGGUUUCAUACAGUUGUAGUGUCGUAGUGGAGCUGAAGAGGGUUGACAAAGGCAUCGUACCAACUGGCUUGACUCGAUAUUGAAGAGGUUCAAGUUAAUAUUCGAGGCUCGGAGAGUGCAAGAUGACACAUUUGACAUCAGAAGGUGUAGCUAGAAUGAUCUUUGCCAUAGCUGAGAAAUGUAGUCAAAAAGAGUUGAAAAUGCUCACAACACUGUUUUUUUUCCGACUUCUGCCAUUCUGCCCACUACACUAUAGCACUGGUAGACUAGACUCAAAGUACUUCGGCUGCCAAAUGUUGGCAAGAGCUAUUAACGUAUGUCACGUGUGUGCGUUACCUCAGAGGUCAAGACCUCCGGCUCCAGCACCGCUUGUCUCCCUCCGCCUACCACACUUAACCUCCAACCCGCACCCUCCGGUCUUUCCCGGCCCGCGCCAUGUGCCAGGCCUAACCAACCGCGCGAAGCCUGGCGCUGCCUCGCACCUCGAAACCUCACCAGCACCCCCAUGCCAGAGUGUGACCUCCGGAGGCCCUCCCACUACUUCCUGUUUCCGCCCAGUCACCAGGAAAAUGUCGGAGUAUUUAGCCUUAUUCUACCUAAUAAACCACAUAAGACGGAAGGUGAUUUAAGAAAAAUGCAAGCAAAUUUGAUCACAACGAACACAACAUUAUGGAGAUAUGAUAAUUUUAUUUCCAAAUACAUUAAGGAGACAUGUCUUUAUGUUCUAAGCUCGUGCAACUUCGGUAAAGGAUCU